AUGGCAAUGUCAAGCAGUAAUGACUUCACACCCCCUUCAUCAGCAUUCCCCAGUAUUGCACAAUGGCUAGGAAUGCUUGAGGCCAAUGCAGACUUCAAUCCCAAUCAACUAUGCUUCACUCAAUAUGUCUCUGAGAUCAAUGAGCAGGGGUAUCAUUGCUUGGAUGAGCUUCAGAAUAAGGGGCUUUGUGAACUCGGUGUUGACAUUCCCCCUGGUCUUUCAGAGAAAUUGGGCCGUGCAAUGCAACAGGAAGUUAGAAAAUUUCUCGCAAAUCUUGAUGUCACACAAACCUUAGUGAUUGUUCCUUUCAUAUUUUACUUCACAUUACAGAAAUAA